AUGACCACCGUGGCGAAGGAAGGACUUUCGGACAACUGCAUUAGUCCACUGGCGGUGGUGGAGGGGCCGCACCCUGUACAUUUCUCUAUCGGUUGCGUUGUCCAUCCGUUUGCAGUGAUCGUUGCCCAGCGUGGACCGAUUGACUUCGGUGUCUACUGUAUUGUGGAGGAGCACGCCUGCAUCAUCAAUGGCGAGCGGGGCGGCGAGGACGCGGCCACAGCCGCACCCCCUGCUGUGCCCAUGUCCAUUGGCCCUUACAACCAUUUCAAACCCUUUUCUCAUAUUGCCAACGUGCAGCGCAUUGGACACGGGAACCGGUUUGAAGCCCACUGCCAAGUGGGAGGCCCAAGAGGCGAGUCGCCGCAAGCCACUACCGUUGAGGACUAUUCCGUCGUUGGGCCGUUUGUUCGCCUGUGGGACCUGCGGCGCGAUGACGGCCCAAAUUCCGCCUUGGCAGUGACGAUUCCCUCCCGCCGGGUGUAUUUGUGCCCCACGGACACGGAGGAGGGGAAAACGUGUGAGUGCUCUGCUUUGGCCCUCCUCUCGCCCACCCCGGUCCGCUCCUGCUGCUCUUGCUUCGGGUGUUGGGUGCUGCCGCGCGGGGAGCCGUUUGACGAGGAGGAGACGGAUGAGGCGAUGCGCCAAAAGUCUUCUCGUCUUCGUGUUUCUGGGGCGCGGUGA